AUGCUAAAGUCAGUCCCGCCGCCUGUUUCUCGAACUUUCCAAGAGACGCGCUUAGAAAUCCAAUCACAGGCUUUACUUUCUCUUGCUAGAAUCAGGGACCCUUUCCCUGUAAACAAUUACAUACCUACCUUAGUACCUACAUGUAGCGCGGCUUUUGUUCUAUUCCCCAGGCCAAGACAAGACAUCAGUCCCUUUGUCCAACUGAAACGCCCAAGCCAGCUUCAGGGUAUCAGAAAGGUUGUCCGUUGGGAACUUGAGAGACGAAAUUACUUGAAGCUAAUCUCUGUUAUCCUCUAG